UAACACCCAUGCCCCCCGUUGGAACCAGAAAGUAAAGCAAGCUUACACUUUGCUACAGACAAAACACCAACAGUUCCUCUUCUUCCUUAAAUAAUAAACCCUCUCUCUCUUCCAGUAAUCUUUCUAUCUGUAAAAUCUUUGCACCCCACCACUCUACAAUCAAACAAACAAAACCCCAUUAUUUCUCUUCUUCAUUCAUUGACCAUCUCUCACACAAAAAAAUCUCUGAAUUUUUCUUCUUUUUUGGGGUUUGUUCUUCCUGCUACUGAAAUGGUCACGUCAAAGUAAAAAAAAAAAAAGACCACUUGAAGAAAUAAUGGAUCUUGAGCGACCCCAUCGAAGUACUAGCAUCAACAACAGUAGCAGCAGCAGUAACGCAACAAGCACCACGAGCGAGCUCUUCAUUUGUUUCACCUCACGUCUUUCUUCUUCGUCAAUGAAAAUCUCUUCGAAAUCCAUCCUUAGUCCUGGUCGUGCUAGGGAACCUUCCCAAAUCUCUCUUUCUUCAUCGCUCACUAGGAGGUUGAGAAGCAAUGGUAGCAUGAAAGGUGGCCAGGCUUCACCCAUGUUUCCAACUAAUGGCAAGAAAAGAGGGUGUGCUUUUGAGAACCCUGAGCCUUCUUCCCCUAAGGUUACUUGUAUAGGUCAAGUUAGGGUCAAGACCAAGAAACAAGGCAAAAAGUUUAGAGGUUGCAGAUCUAAGAGAAGAGGGGAAGUUAGUUUCAGGAAAGUGGAUCAUACUAACAAUGCCAACAAUGGGAGCAAUGGUCUUGAAGCAAGUAGCAGCUUUCAUCUUUUGAGCAGCGGUAGUCAACAUCAUCAGCAACAAGAAUGCAAGAAAUGGGUUCAUUUUCCGGUGACUAUUUGCGAAGCGUUGAGGGCAUUCGGGGCUGAGUUUAACUGCUUUUUGCCUUGUAGGCCUUCUUGCAUGGCUAACCAAAGGGAUAAAGAAGAGAAAAGAGGAUCUAACGAGAGAAAUGGGAAUGGGAGCUCUUGUGGGGCUGUAUUUGCAAGGUGGUUGGUGGCAGUGCAAGAAGGGGAAGGGAAAGGGAGGGAGAUUGAGUUGGUGGUUGGUGGUGGGGAAGAUGAUGAUGAUGAUGAUGAUGAUGAUUAUGAUGGUGAGAGAAGGAAAUGCAGUGAAAUGAUGAGGAGCAGUCAAAGGAGACAUGUGUUUGAGGAUAUUGAAAUAAAUGAUUAUUUGGGUGAUGAAGAAGAAGAAGAAAAAGGUAGGGUGAGUAUCUGUAUACCACCCAAGAAUGCUUUGUUGUUGAUGAGGUGUAGAUCUGAUCCUGUUAAAAUGGCUGCUCUUGCUAACAAAUUCCUGGAAACUCCAUUGCCAAAAGAUGAACAAGAAGAAGAAGAAAAAGAAGAGGUUCAAGAGGGUGCUGUGGAAGUGGAAAGAGAAGGAAUUGAACGCCAAGAGUUUAGUGAAGUCAGUGAAAUGUAUGUUUCUUGUGAAGCAACUGAGGAACAAGAAAUCCCAGAAGCUGAAGCUGAAACAGAGGCUGAAUCUGUUUUGGUACUAAGGGAUGAUGCUGAAGUAAAUGAAGAAAGUUCAGGAAGAAGUUCAAAUGAAGAAACAAUUCUAGAAUGUCAAGAACAAGAAAUUGAAAGAAAAGAAGAAGACGACCAGCAAGAGUCAACAAUAAAAGAAGAAACUUCUCCCCAUGUUUCAUUUUAUCUUGACAAGCUUUAUGUUGAAGAAAAUGAAGGUGGCCUUGAAGAAGAACUGCUACAAGAAGCUGAAGAUGAAAAUGAAACUGUUAGUGUUAAAGCGGAGGAAGAAGAAUAUAAAGCUGCUGUUGAAGAAGAAGCUGAAGAAGAAGAGAGUACAACUUCAACAAUAGAAGAGAAAGAAACUGAGACAACCCAAGGAAGAUCCGAAUCCGAAUGCCCGGAACCAGAAAGUAAGUCAAAGGAGAGUGAGAGUCAAGAGGAUUUGUUGCCAGAUUGUUUACUAUUAAUGAUGUGUGAGCCAAAGCUGUCAAUGGAGGUAUCCAAGGAGACUUGGGUGUGCAGUACGGAUUUCAUAAGGUGUGUACCAGAGAAGAAGAAGAAGAAGAAGCAGCAGCAGAAGCCAGAAGUCAAACAAAAAGACGGUGGAGAUCAACCCAAAGCAAGGAUCAGCAUUGACCGUAAUCCUGCUCCUAUUUUGUUACACCCACCUAGGUCGUCUUGUUCUUUCCCGGCUCCUCCACCAAUGGCUACGGCAGCUAAGGGAGGUGGCGGCUGUGGGCCUAUGGCUAAAGGGUAUGAGUCGUUUGUUCUCACGCGCUGUAAGUCGGAGCCGAGGAGGUCAUCGACCAAGCUUGCACCCGAUGCUUGCUUUUGGAAGAAUAGGAAGCUCGAGCCGGCUGCACUUGAAGUUGGCGCGGCUGGAGUUGGUUUUUAAGCCAGGAUCGCUAGAAAGCAGUAAAAAGUAAAAGAAAAGAAAAGAAAAGAAAGAUAUUUGUGGUAAACUUUGAAGUUUUUUAUGAGUAAAAAAAUCAGUAAAUGUUGUAGUUUUUAGUCCUUUUGAAUAGUUAAAAAAAAAAAUCUUUGGGGUUACUUUUCUUUGUUUUUUCUCCCUUGUUUUAGGUUCGGUAAAACUGUAAACUCUGUAAAACAGUUAUAUUUGCUCUUCUUUUUUCAAAAAUAGUUGGGGGUGUGAUUUUGAUUUUAA